CAAAAUUGAUGAGCCUACCCUUUUGGUAGCCCAAUUUAACGUUUCCUCAAUUUUCAACCAAUAGAAAUAAAUUUGAACGUGUUCCUUCUAGAAGUGUUGAUGGGACUUUCAAAAAAGAAACUCCACACACACGAUGAAGAGAAAAACUAAGGGUCAAUGUUAAAUGCCAAAGUGCAUCUUCAUGUUCGACAUGUUUUUUCUUCUUCAUGUACUUGGUCUAUAUGGUUUUGCAAAACUGAUAAAUGAUAAAGUGCCUGAUCCAUAUAUGGACGAGAUUUUUCAUAUUCCUCAGGCACAGCAAUAUUGUCGAGGCAGAUACACAGAAUGGGACCCCAAACUUACAACCCCACCCGGAUUGUAUCUAGCAAGUAACUCGGUUGCUUAUAUGGGUGGAUUAUUUGGUUAUGAUUUUUGUACUGUAAAUGCAUUGCGUUUCACGAACAUAUUAUUUUCCGUUGGUUUAUAUUUCACGAUUCUAUCCUUGGUCUCCCAACGCACUGCCACAUCUCAAUGGAAAGCCCAGAUGUACGCUUUGGCAUUAUCAUGGUUUCCUGUUGGGUAUUUCUACAAUUUUUUAUAUUACACAGACACGGGCUCAACCUUCUUGGUGUUACUGUCAUAUUUAUGUGUGACAAAGAAGAUGUACCACCUGUCCGGCAUUAUUGGAACAUUAUCUUUAACAUUUAGACAAACAAACAUUAUCUGGUUGGGUCUCUUUAUGAUGAUAUCAAUUAUUAACAUCCUAACUAAAAAGGCAAAUGCUCAAAAGAAAGAUCACAAGAAUAGUCAAUUAACAGCUUUGUACAACCCUCUAUGCUCUACUAUCAAGCAACCAUCCCAAAUAUUCAAAUCAAUCUAUAGCCUUGUGAUAGCGACUUUCAAUAAUCUCCCUCUUCUUCUGCCAAACGUCAUUACGUUUAUGUUGGGCAUUGUAUUAUUUUCCAUCUUUUUGGUAUGGAAUAAAGGGAUCGUUCUAGGAGAUAAGUCAAAUCAUGUGGCCGGUCUCCACUUUCCUCAACUAUUUUACUACAUGUCAUUUUUGACCUUUUUUGCUGCACCUUGGACAAUUUCCCGGGCGAUGCUUUCAAGCAUUAUCUACCAAAUUUCUGUCAGAAGGGUUGUUUACGGCUGCUUAUCUACUACUAUAGCGCUAUACCUUGUGUAUAGAUACACCUAUGAACAUCCAUUUCUAUUGAGUGAUAAUAGACAUUACAGCUUUUACGUAUGGAAAAAGAUUUAUAGGCGGCAUUGGGCAGCUCGCUAUUUUUUGACUCCGGUGUAUAUUUUUUGUAGUCAAAUAAACUUUUUAGCAUUAGUAAAAAAUGUUAGCCUUUUAGUAACAUUAGGCUAUCUCUUCACCCUGAUACUGAUGUUGGUCCCGUCCCCAUUGCUGGAAUUCCGUUACUUUAUCAGUCCUUUCUUAUUCUAUAUGGUGAACAUACCACCACCUUCCCAACUUAGACGCCUAAUUGUCGGUAUGAUAUUUUUCCUAAUCGUCAAUUUUGUUACGAUUUAUUUAUUUGUAUAUAAGCCAUUCACUUGGGUAAGCGAGCCGAACAAUCUCCAAAGGUUCAUGUGGUAAAGCAUCCGCGGAAAAUAGACAAGAAU